CGGAGGUUUGAACCUCCGACCUAUAUCCAUUAGAACCGACUCAAUUGUGUUCUUCAAUCUUCUGUUUGUUUUCCCCCUAAUUUAAGAAAAAACCCUAAAACUCAAUCUUCAAAACGUCGUUAACAUUAUUAUCACUUACAGAUUCAAAGAACAUCAAAAUCUAAUUUGUGGAGGAUUUGUUUGGAGUUUGUGGUUUAACCAUGUCAGAAGAGGAGAACUUUAGUUAUCCUUCUAUAGAUCCAUCAGUGUUUGAUCUCAUAGUUGUCGGGACAGGACUUCCUGAAUCCAUAAUUGCAGCGGCCGCAUCUGUUGCAGGAAAAACAGUCCUCCAUGUCGACUCCAACUCAUUCUACGGCAGCAGUUUCUCGUCUCUCUCUCUUGAUGAUGUCACCUCAUUUCUCCAUGCUCAGAAAAUCGUACCUGAAAGCACUCUUUCGCAUAGUCCGGUCGUCAAUGGAAGCAGCAAUGUAGAUGGGGAGAAAGAUUAUGUGAUCUUUGAUCUGAAAACAAAGUCUAUUUACUCAGACAUUGAGAUAUCCUCCUUACCAGAAGAAGAAAGUGUUAAAGCUUGUUCAAGAAAGUUCAACUUGGAUCUUUCAGGACCUAGAGUUAUGUUCUGUGCUGAUUCGGUAGUGAACCUGUUGCUGAAGUCAGGGGGGAAACAUCAUGUUGAGUUUAAGAGCAUCGAUUGUAGCUUUAUUUAUGGUGCAAAUGGAGAGUUGUCUGCUGUUCCUGACUCAAGAUCUGCGAUUUUCAAAGACCGUAGUCUUGGGUUGACAGAGAAGAAUCAGUUGAUGAGGUUUUUCAAGCUUGUUCAAGCGCAUAUAGAAGGAUCAACAGAGCAUGCUGAAGGCAGUGAUGAAAGUAGGAGGAUAAAGAAUGAGGAUUUGGAGAGUCCAUUCAUCGAAUUCUUGAAUAAGCAGCGGUUGCCUACCAAGAUAAAAUCUAUGAUUCUAUAUGCGAUAGCAAUGGCGGAUUAUGAUCAGGAGAAACCGGAGCUUUGUAAGAACCUCCUCAAGACUAAAGAUGGAAUAGAAAGUUUAGCUCUUUUCCACUCCUCGAUUGGCAGGUUUACUAAUGCUCUUGGAGCAAUGAUUUAUCCAAUCUACGGCCAAGGCGAACUUCCACAAGCUUUUUGCCGUUGUGCAGCAGUUAAAGGUGCUAUUUAUGUACUGCGUAUGCCUGUAACGGCUUUGCUUUUGUCCAAGGAAAAUGGAGACUACAAAGGUGUUAGACUGGCAUCAGGUCAGGAGAUACUCAGUCAGCAUCUGGUUAUAAAUCCUUCUGUUACUGGUCCAUCAUCACCACCUCGCGAUCCAAAUUUGCCGGAAGAAUGCUCUGAAAGUGAUGGCAAAGUCGAAGUCAUAGAAAAGAUUGCCAGGGGAAUAUGUAUUAUAAGGGGUUCCAUAAAGUCUGAUUUACCAAACCUGCUGGUGAUAUUCCCUCCUAGAUCUCUGUGUUCUGAACAGGUGUCUUCAAUUAGAGUUCUCCAGUUAGGUAGCGGUUUAUCUGUUUGCCCGUCAGGCAUGUCCGUCUUGUAUCUUUCAACUUUAUGCGUCGAUGUCAUCCAAGGAAAGAAGUCACUAUAUGCAGCGAUGAAUACUCUCGUUGUGCCUCCUUCUUCUGAAAACCCUAAAGAUACAUCUUCCAUACAAAGUGAGAAUGCAGGAGAUGCGAAGCCCACUUUAUUGUGGAACGCCAUCUUCAUUCAAGAGCUGGAAAAGGCUACAUCAGGAGGAGCCAUCACCUCUUGCCUCACGCCAGAUGGGAAUUUGGAUUACAGGAAUAUCUUAGAAUCAAGUGAGAAGUUGUUUCACCAGAUUUACUAGGAGGAAUUCUUCCCUAAAACUUCAGCUUCUAAGGAAAUUGAUGAUGAUGAUGAGACUUAGCCGAUUUAGAGUCGAAGUAUUUGUUCCUGACAUCUACUACUCUAUGGAAGAUGGGCACCAAGGGCGGCCCUCGGUACAAACAACCAAAGCUUCACUUUAGGGUCCCCAUAUCUCGUCAUUGGUAUAUACCUCAUUAGUCCUAGAUACACUCCAUUUUACAGCCCCAGUUGUAAGGGUCUUAUCGUGUGGAGCCAUAUGAAUAAUUUUUGUUAUAGUGACCAGUUACAGACUCGUCGCACUUCUAACGAUUCAAGGAUUUAUUAAGAAAUUUGUAAAAUAGGUAUACAAAUUUUAAAA